UGUGAGAUCGUUCGGUCGUACAAGCGGACGGUUACACUUUUAUAUGUUAAAAUAAAGAACUAGUGCAAAUAAUUACUGUAAAAUCAGCUAAUUUCCUUCAACCAAUACUUAAAUUAAUAGAAACUCCCUUAAAUCGAUGUUAAAUAGUUAAAUGUUCACUUAAAACUACAAAACAAGUAAAAUUAUCACACAUUUCAUCGAAAUUCGGAAUGUAGGCCAAAAAGGAGCAACCGGGUUCCUUUUCUCUUUGACACGGAUUUCAAUUUCAAUCUCAUAUCCCCUUUAAUUUAUUUUGCACUCCUUUUAUGCUGUGUACGUACCUUUUGUGCGGUUUUAAAAACGAAAAUACAUAAAUGAACAAAAAAGAAAAAUUCAAGUGAAGUGAAAUAAGAAAAAUAAAAACCGGUCAACUGUAGUUCUUCACAUUUCGCUCUGUUUUGAUUCUUUUUUUUCGCUUCUACUGACAUACUUUCCAAUAAUAGUUUGUUGUUCAUCAUCGACAAUGAAAAAUGACAAACGAUAAAGAAACAACAACAGAAACAAUACCAAGAAGAAGCAGACUAAACAAAACUAACUGCAAAAUUAGCAAAAGUUCAAAUUGGGGCUUUGGGCAUUUCCAUUUCCAUCUACGCAGUGGUGAAACUUGACGUGAAAAAAGUCCUUGUGUGUUGCAGAAUCAAGGAUCCAUAUGAGUUCAUCCUGAAAUCCUAAAUUCUCGAUUCUCCAUUUCCAUCUUUAUCUCUACAUCUAUCUCCAUUUACCGAACUCCCGGCUCGGAACGUGGCGUGGCGCCCACCUGCCCUCUGGUGCUUCUUUUGGCACGUUCACGUUACAUUUUGUGCUUUGCACUUGCUCAUUGGUGGGUGUUCCUCCUCAUGGUGCUUGCCGAAGAAAAUGGUUUGGGAUUUGGACGGUGGUGAGUGCGAGUGGUGGCUGACAGUGGCAUAGGAAAAUGAAAACAAAGUUUUUCUUCUUUGCAUUUGCAUCAUAUUCGCUAUCGCUAUCGCUACUUCUUCUUCUACUCUCUGUUGUGUAAUUUGCACUGUUCCAUCUUUUCUGUGUACCUAUAAUACUUCUCUCUCUCGAGUGAAAAUAAAAGAAAAGUUGGAUACAAAUAAAAUUAAAGAAAAGCACCAACAACAACAAAAAUAUCAUAAGGAUAAAAUCAUGAAUGUAGUGCCGUUGUUUUUGUAUCUGGUGGGUGAAAAAGAAAAUUAAUACACAACACAAUAAUAAAAAAAAAAGAAAAAGAAGAAGAAAAGUGAAAAAGUGUACACAAAAUUUUGUGUAUAGAAAAAAAAAAAAAUAAAGAAAAUAAAUAGAGAAAUGCGAAAGGAAAUUUGGUUAACGGUUACUAUACCUACUCAAUAAUAAUAAUAUCAGAAAAGUGCGUGUAUUUGUUUCUUUUUUUUUUUAAAUAAAUGUUGUUCUGCUGCAGAAUUAAAUAAUUAAAGACUGACAAAUACACUAUUUCAUAAAAAAGGUGAUUUUUUAAAAAUUGUAUCAACAAAUUUAAAAAAUCAUCACUUUCAAACAAAGUUUGCCGAUUGGAUUUAAAGGACAUUUCACAACUUGAAUGAAAGAUGCCUGGAUUAGUUGUGUUCAGGCGGCGUUGGUCAGUGGGAUCAGAUGAUCUUAUUGUUCCUGGAGCAUUUCUAUUAACAAUACAUGUUUUAUGCAUGAUAGCUUUAUGCACCUCAUUAAUUAUAUUUGUAUAUGAUACAGAAGUAUUGAGCAUAAAAUUUCUGUGGUACUAUCAACUAAGUUAUGUAGUUAUAUUAGGAUUAACAAUAUGCAUAGAACUAGCUAUAUGUAUUAUUUCAAUGAGAGGUAGCAUAUUGGAUUCUGAAGUCCGAACAUCGAUAAACAUAUGGAUUUAUAUAAAAAGUUUUGUGAUAUUAUUUGAUAUUACGUGGUUAGUCUUAGGUGUUAUAUGGAUUAAACAAUACUACUUAGAUGCUCCAAUGGAUGCAGCUAAGAAGAUUUUUUUAGCUUUAGUUAUAUGCAAUUGGUCAUUAGUUUUAACAACUCUUAUUACAAUAUGGUGCACAUUUGACACUGCCGGCCGAUCGUGGGUCAAAAUGAAAAAAUACCAACGAUCAAUGAGGGAGACUGAGUCUAGAUUUAAUUACAAGCGAAGUAAUAGUAUGAAUCGUAAUUGGAGACAAAGAAAAGUAAUCCGAGCCUAUCAAGACAGUUGGGACCAUAGAUGUCGACUGCUAUUCUGUUGUAUGGGCUCAUCGGAACGUAAUCAAAAUUCAUUCACAGAUAUUGCUCGACUUUUGAGUGAUUUUUUUCGUGAAUUGGAUGUUGUUCCAUCGGAUGUUGUUGCUGGUUUGGUUUUAUUAAGAAAAUUUCAAAAACUCGAAAGGGAAGCAAUUGUAAGACAGAGAAAAAACGGAACUUACGAGUUUCUGAGUGGAGUUCCAAUCACAGAGCACACACAGUUCCUAGCUUUAAACGAUACCAAAAACUAUGAUUUCUUUCAAACUGUCAUCCACUACAUGUACUUCGCACAAGGUGCCUACGGUUGGCCCAUGUACUUUAUAAUACAUCGGUCUGGACUUUGGCAUCUCUUACCUGAAAUGCGUUGCAUGGGUUGCUGUUGUGGCCAUAGCGAUGAUGUUGAAAUAAUCCAAGACAACUGUUGGUAUUGCAACUAUGCCGCCCUCAAAAAGACUCUACAAGUUGGUGACAUCGAAAUCAUUUAUGUCACGUAUCAUGUCGAUGUCGGUGAGACACCAUUCUUCGUUGCUGUCGACUAUACACAAAAGAAAGUCGUCAUCAGUAUACGUGGCACAUUGAGCAUGAAGGACAUCCUUACCGAUCUAAAUGCCGAGGGUGAGGUGUUGCCCCUUAAUCCACCACGAGACGAUUGGCUGGGCCAUAAGGGAAUGGUACAGGCGGCAAUUUAUAUCAAGAAUAAGUUAGAAGAAGAAAAUCUCAUCCAAAAAGCCCUAACACACAAUCCUGCCAGGAAUACACAAACAUUUGGUUUAGUUUUAGUGGGCCAUUCAUUGGGUGCUGGUACAGCAUCCAUUCUUGCCAUACUCCUUAAGCCGGAGUAUCCGACAUUGCAGUGCUUUAGUUAUUCCCCACCAGGUGGGCUUUUAAGUAUGCCAGCAGUAGAGUAUUCAAAAUCCUUUAUUACGUCUGUGGUGCUGGGGAAGGAUGUUGUUCCAAGGAUAGGACUACAUCAGAUGGAGGCGCUUCGUGCCGAUUUAAUAAAUGCAAUACAAAGAAGCGUCGACCCUAAAUGGAAGACUAUAUCCUGUUCUAUGAUAUGUUGUUGCUGUGGACCAGAGCCAACGUCCGUUGUGGAGAUGUCUGGCAAGGAUACCCACAUAAAUCAGUAUCAAGAGGAACGUGGUACAGCGAGGACGACAAGUGCUCAUCCAACAGACAGUUCGAUAGCUUUAACACUACAUCAACCACUAUAUCCGCCCGGAAGGAUAAUACACAUUGUUCGACACCAUCCAAAGCCCGAUGAACACGUGCUAAAAAACAAGGAACCCGUCUAUCAAGCCAUCUGGGCAGAUUCAACAGACUUCGAUGAAGUACUUAUCUCACCUGUCAUGUUGCAGGAUCAUAUGCCAGAUAAAGUCUUGGCGGCUCUAAAAAAGGUUGUAACUACAAGCGGCCCUAGAAAACCACAAAGACAAACAUCGAAUGCCUUUCAAACAUUACCCAAUGACGCCACAAUAGAUCAGUUGCUAGCUUCAAAUGGCCUACAUACAACCACCAGUUAUUGUUCAAACAGCCAGCGGGCCCAAAGUCCCAUUUCGAAUAUCACCAAUUCCGUAUCAACUCCCAACACAACACAUAAACUCUGCCUCGAGACAUCCUUCACCAAUUUGCAGAGUCCCAUCGAUAUGCAUCCCUCGCUUCCACUGUCUUGCGGAGCAGGUUCCAGUAAGGCAUCAUCUAUAGCGGGAAGCUUAUUCGGCCGAAGUCAAAUGAGCUCCUCCAUGCAGCAGUACGACAUAUCAAGUAUGAUGGAUGAGAGUCAAGCGACGUGUGGCAUCAAUGGCCGUAGUCCUUCGGUGCCUAGUGAAGCAACAACCGUCAUUAUGACCGAUUGUCCUCCCCUAGACUGUCCCAUUUUGCACAAGCCGAAGGCUGUAGCCUUUGAUAUGGCUAUAAACUACUCGGAUAUAGCCAAAUCACCGUCCCCAAAACUGCCUGCCAAGAGUAUACUUCAUCGACAGCAAUCUGCCCGAGUGGGUAAGAAGCCAACGAGCCUCCCAUUGGCCCCACUCCGACGGGCUUCGGAUUGUCCCAAGGCAGUAGAUCUAAUUCACGAUGAUUGGUUUGGUUUGGCUCCACUGGCCAGCCCUGAAACGCUUUCUGAGAUCUCAAGUAUAUCGUCCCGCACAAGUGCCGCCAUGAGUCUAGCCAAUAGCAUAGAGAGGUAUCUGCAGAAUAUGUCGAUAAGUGAAAAUGGCAACCAAGAACUGAUGGAAGACAUCUACGAGUCUCAACUUCAUACACCGAAAAUUCUCCGCCGAGCUCCAAAACUCACAGAAAACCUUUCAAGUUGUGCCGAUGACUCCCGCUACCAGGACCAAUACAAACGGAUGGGGCAGGUAUUCGUGACCUUCCCACGGGUUAUACCAAUGCGGAAUAACAGUAGGGAUGAGUCCAGUGACGAAAGCUUUGAGUCUGCCUUCAGCCACUCCAAGACUCUGCCCAAUAAGAAAAGGAGAAAAAGUUCCAAAUCCGCCGACCAGAUCGACGAAAAUGGCGGAGGAUCUGCAGAGACAACCAAAAAACUGGGGAAGAAGCUAACUUUCAGUGAUAGUCAGAUACUCGAUCGAGAAUGUCCAAGUUCCUGCCCCAAUUGUCCAUGUCGCAGUGGAUCCACCUGCUGUCAGCUGGAGGACCAUGAUCAAUGUCAAAAUUUGAUGGCGCCACAGUCGCAAGUCAAUAUUGGAUCACUGGACACCUACUACAGUGCCAAUUCGUCCCUGGAUCGAUUCUCGACUCCACAAAACCUCAUCCGUCUGCAAUCUCCACCAACGCCUCAGCAAACCCCAUCAUCGAAUGGACAUGAUGCCGAAACGGUGGACCAACGCCGCCGUCCCGGUGUGCUCGAAUCACACUUCCCCGUCUACGAUCCAAUUGUCGUCGAUACAACUUCCGAGGAUGUUUCACUCUUGUCCCAGGAAUCAUCACCAGUCCCCCAUUCGAAUAACAGCAACAAUUUUAUUCAAGUACAAAAACGUUCGGGUCUAAUGCGCAAGCGUAAUUCCACCGAUGAACGAAUAUUCUCACGAAACGAAUCACUACCGUUGUUAGCUAAUUUAUCAUCGGAAAGAACAUCCUCAGCAUCACCAUCGCCGAGUUUUGUCAAACGGAAAAGCUGUGUAUAUCCGGUGAACAGUAAAUUCAGCGGAAGUAGCAAUGGAUCAAUGGGUAGUGUAAAGGCUUUCGUUCAAACAGCGACAACGUCAAGUAAGAACGAAAGUAGUGUUUGAAAAAUAAUUACUUAAUUUAUUUCAAAAUACAAUAUGUAAUUAAAAUGGUGAAACCUAUAAAAACAAGAAACACAAUAGAUUAGUUGAAAUAGUUUUUUGAUAAGAUUUUCUACUGACCACAAUAUUCAUUAUCAUCAAAACAAAAAACAAAAAUAGAACAAUAUAAAUUUAAACUAAGCAUAACAAAUGAACAUAACUGUGAAAAUGUUUCUUUUAGAUAAUAAUCUUGUAGAAUCAAACUGUCAAGUUGUUUCCUCUUUCCUUUACUCAAUCAGGAUAAUGUGACAUGCUAGGGAUAUUAUUGAGCUUUAAAACUAAGAAAUUAUACAAACAAAUCGUUGCAGAUUGAAAAGGGCACCUUAAUCUUCUUUCUUGUUCUUGUUCUGACUUCAAACUUCUAUCUAGACAAUAAACUUAAGCUGUCUAAAUAUUGACUUAUGUGUCUGUCACUACAAAACAAAACAAAAUCCAUUUCCUACUCAACAAUAACGUUUAAUUAUACUUACGUCAAAUUUCGAAAAUAGUUUCGUCAUGAAACAAAAAAGGUUUCCGGAUGUCAAAAAAAAAAUCAGCCACCGAAAUCAAAUAAAGAAGGCACCCUGUUUUCUUGACUUCAAUUUACUGUCAGCUUAACGUCCAUUUCGCAAGAAAAACUCAACGAAACUUUUAAAAAAAUUGUUAUUGCCAGAUAAAUUUUGUUUUUUUUUCUUUGACAGAACCACUUUGGCUUCAUCUGUCAAAGCUAAAUCAGCAUUUGGAUCACCUUAUACUUAAAAAAAAGAGUGAUUGAUAGCUAGAUAAAGCAAUGAAACGUCAAAAUGAUUUGCAACACACUGUCAAUACUAUUGACUUUUAUAAAAGAGCAUCUAGUGGACAAAGUUGCUGACAACUUGAAGUUGUAGUUUAGAUGAAAACAUGACAUUUAUUACUGAAAAUUGUAUUUUAAAUUGAAGUUUUUACAGUAAUAGUUUAUUUAUUGACUUAAGGGUGUGUUCAUUGAAAAAAUUCAAAGUUGUCAAGCAUCGAUUAGGGAAUCCUUCACAUUCUUAAGGAGUAUGGUUGCUUCUGAUCGAAGGGCUUCUGGACGGUCAAACGAAUAUAUCAUUAUAAUUUGAUCAUAAAUCGUCUGUCACUUUUAUGAGAUUGUUAGAUUCGUUAAUCGUUCUACAGAGAUAUGUUUUUUGUUUAAGAUACACUUUCCCUAGCAAACUCAAAAAAACAAACAAUCAAACCUUUACGUAGACGAACAAAAAGUCGAGGAGGCAUAUAUUUCUUCAAUUUCCUCCAACUAACAUCCUACAUUUAUACCUAUAACUAUGUUUAAAGAAACAAAACCUAAACUUCUUACAAAUUAACAAAAAAAAUUAAUACAAUUUAAAAUAUCCGACCAAACCAAGCAUUAAAAAGUGAUUUAAUAAGAUUUAAUACAAACAAGAAAAACAAUUUCAAUAAUAAAUAAGAGAACUAGAUUUUUCUUCCUUAAACACACAAAUUGUUUAAAAAUAUUAAAAUAGAAUAAAUAUUUGUGCCAAAUAAACUUAAACCUAAAUUUUAAGAUUAAAAUUAAAACAAACUAAGAAAAACAAUAUUAGAAAAUUUUUUGAUUAAUAUAAAACAAAACAUAAAGAAAAAACUAAUUUCACAAUGUCAAUUCGUAUAUGAAACAAACAAACAUUUUAGUCACGUACAGUUUUUACAAUAUUAAAAUUAUAGACAAUUUACCAUAAACAAAUAAAAAUGUUAAAUCACACAAAACAAAAUAAAAUAAAGAACUUAAUUCAGACUUUAGUCUAAGUACCUCCUAAAUUAGUUAGUAAAUUAUAGUUUCUUAAAUGGACCUACCUACCUUGAUUUUAUUUUUUAAAUUAACGAAUUAAAUUAUUUAACAAAAAAAAAUAAAAACUAUUUACUAACUUAUA